CCCCCUCUAUUGCUUUAUCAACACCGUGUCCAACGUCGCGUCCGUGCCAUGAUAGAUUGCCAUUUCCCACUCUACCAUGUCUGGCCAAUGCCAAAUUGAGAUUUCUUCAUCAUCCAUUUGGCUUUAAGCACGAUGAAGACGAGGCUUUUGUUUUGAUUUGGAUUUGAAUUUGGAUUUGGAUUCGGAUUCAGAUUCGGACUACCAGCCCGACCACAACAAACUAAACUAAUAACAAAACGACGCGCGGUAGUGGCACAACGAUCCGACGGACGCGACGCGACGGUAGUGGAGUGAUAAGAUAAACGAAAUGAAAAGUUUCUGGAAUUUAUAGCGCGCGCGAUGGUUCUUAGCCAAGUUAGCUACCAUUUGGCUAACAGUCUAGUAUCACAGUGUUAUGUGAAAGAAACUUAAUAUUUUGAGAUAAAUUCUCCGGAGAUAUGUGUAAAGUUAUAAUUGGACUACCAAUUUACUCGUAUUUCGGGCUUUUUGGUCUUCUGGUGAUGGCCAUAAUAAUAACAAAAACAAGUGCGGCCAUCACUGUAUCUAAGAAUAAUUAUUUUGAGCCUGAUGAAAUUGAUUACUUUGGUUCAGAUGAAACAGUAUAUCCAGAUGUAGAUUAUUCUGCCAAAGAAAAUUCACCUGAAGACGGUAAAGAAUCUUUAGCAACCGAUGACCCCGAGACAAUGCCGCAAUUAUUUCAAGGUGACAUCGCUAUGGACUCUGAAACUUACAUUGGCCUGAGAUUGGGUGUAAAUCCCUUAAAGUACCCGAAACGGCUAUGGCGUAAUGGCACCAUACCAUUUGAGAUCAGUCGAAGUUACAACAGUGAAGAAAGAGCGGCUAUUGAUAAUGCCGUACAUGUACUUAACUCUCUUACCUGCAUUAAUUUCGUUCCCUACGAUGGAGAAAAUGACGACUAUUUGUACAUUCAGCCACCCGAUGAGGAUGGUCCUAAGGGAUGUUGGUCAUAUGUGGGACGUCGAGGUGGGGAACAAAUUGUGGCAUUACAAAGACCAGAUCAUUCCAGUUUACAUUGCUUCAGUAGCGAAGGAAGAAUCAUGCACGAGCUAAUGCACGCCAUUGGAAUAUACCACGAACAAUCCCGGGCUGAUCGGGAUCAAUAUGUAAAAAUACACUGGGAGAAUAUUAUGCCGAAAUUUAAGAAGAAUUUUAAAUUGGUUUCGGAGAAAAAUGGAAAGUAUUCAUUUGAAUAUGAUUAUAAUUCUGUGAUGCACUAUGGAGCGUAUUAUUUUAGUAAGAAAAAAGGAGAAAAACCAACAGUGACUCCAUUGAUGCCCGGGAAAAAAAUUGGUCAAAGACGAACACUGAGUAAAACGGACUGUUUGAAAAUAAAUGAACUCUACGGUUGCCUGACGGGACGGCACGCUAAGAUGUACCGAAGUUUUUGCAAGCUGCUAGGGUUAUAGUAUUACAUAUUCUGAUUUCUUCCUUAUCUUAAUUUUAAUUUAAGUUGUCUAAACACAUGUU